GAAAUCAAGAGAGAAGGUUGAAGACAGCGAAGCAAAUGUUUAUGUACACAAGAGACGCAUAAAUAUAUAAAAUACAGCGAAAAAGGUAAAAUUGGGUCUCUGGCUUUUCCUCAUAUUUUCAAUUGCUUCUCUCUUCUCUCUUCUAUAGCCCCAUUGUCGUGGGUUCCCACUAGCAGCUUUCUUGUCUUCCUCCAUUUUCUUUUCCUUCAUUCUACUAAAACAGAGGUUUUUGCCUCUUCCUCUCUUGUUUCACUCUUUAGGGUACACACAAAUUCACUCUUUUUUCUUCUUUGUUUGGGAGGGGAAAAGUUACAGUUUUUUCCUCUGUUUUGGAUCAAAAUUUCGUUUUUUUGGUUGUGUUAAGAAAGCAACAGAGAGAGAGAGAAAGAUUGAAACUUUGGAUGUGAAUUUAGGGUUUUGUGAAUUGGGGAAAAAGCAAUCCAGAGAUGGCUCAACAGAGACAAUUUCAGAUGGAAGGUGGUAAUAAUAAUACAACAGAUACCAAGUUGACGAAAAUCUUUGUUGGAGGAUUAGCUUGGGAGACUCAGAGAGAUACAAUGAGACGUUACUUUGAACAGUUUGGUGAAAUCGUUGAAGCUGUUGUCAUUACUGAUAAGAACACUGGAAGAUCUAAAGGAUAUGGAUUUGUCACGUUUAAGGAAGCUGAAGCAGCGAUGAGAGCUUGUCAGAACAUGAAUCCUGUGAUUGAUGGAAGAAGAGCUAAUUGCAAUCUUGCUUGUCUUGGUGCUCAAAAACCUCGUCCUCCUACUUCUCCUCGACAUGGAACAGGUAGAUUCAGAUCACCAGGAUCAGGAGUUGGAUUAGUUGCUCCUUCUCCUCAGUUUCGAGGCUCUUCUUCUUCCUCUGCUUUUGUUCAUCAACAACAACAACAACACACUGCUCAAUUCCCAUUUCCUUACUCUACUUACGGGUUUUCUGGUUAUUCUCAAGAGGGAAUGUACCCAAUGAACUACUACAAUCAUCAUCUCUAUGGAGGACAACAGUUUUCACCAUAUAUGGGACAUCCAUCAGCAGGAUCAACAGGAAUGUUCCAUGGUUUUUAUCCCUACUAUCCUCAAUACAAUGCAGCACAAAGUAGCAAUCAAGCUCAAGCUCAAGUUCAAGCUCAACAUCACCAAGGUUUCAGCUUUCAAUACACUGCUCCUCCUGCUCCUCCUCUGCUGCAAUAUCCUUACUUGCCUCACCAGCCACACUUCAGUUCUCAGCAGCAAUUUAGCUCUCAGCAACCUCCUCCUCCAAUCCUCUCCCUCCCAACCUCUCUGGCUCUAUCUUUACCUUCAUCAUCAUCACCGUCCUCUUCAACUUCCACCUCAGCUGCAACAACAGCAACAAAAACAGUAGUUAUAACUACAGCAACAAAGAAAGCAGAAACUGAAGCUAGCAGCAAAGAUGGUAAUGAAGCAAUGACAACAUCAACCAUCAAGAUAGAGGGUUGAUUCAGAACUACUACAAUAGCCAGAAGAAGGGACAAACUUCAUUGUACACUAACUCAUCAUCAAAUCUCUCCAACAACGUUCUAGAAACAUUCAUUCAUCCAUCGUUUUUAGGAUUCUAGAAUCUUAAUUAGUACUUAGGAGGAGGAAGAAGAAGAAGAAACCAUCAUCACAUUCUUUCUUUUUUUUUGUUGUUGUUUCAAAUUGCAUUUUAGGUAAAAGAAUCAAGAGAAAGCAUUGGUGGCUUUCUUUUAGAUUCUUAAGAAAACUUGGAUUGGUGCAGAAAGCAUCAUCAGAUUAUUACAUUCAUUUGGGGAAUUUUAUUUUUCAGGUUCAAAAGAAAUGUUUUAUGUCUUCUUUUGAACCUAAACAGGAUUUUUAAGCUUCGGAUAAGCUUAAAAUCAUUUCUUUUACAUUUGUAAUUCUUGAAAUUGUUAUAAUUCAAUCACAUUGCUUCUUCUUACUAUAUUUGUUCGUUUAUUAUGAUUAUAAAAUGUUU